UUCUAGCAUAGACCAGAGAUAGGUACGAGGAGCUGUGAAGGAUGAAGCACUUGAGGUCCGAUCUGUUACUUCUGUUGGCGAUCGCUGUCCUCGCGACGCCGGCGUUCUCCGAUCUGAUUCUCUCCAAAGUUGACCGUCGUAUUGAUCUGACAUCACAGAUUGUUCGCAUCACUAAGACCCUUAAGGUCGAAAAUUCUGGCACCAAUUCAGUUUCAGAGUUUCUGUUGGCUUUUCCAGAGUUUCUCGGCAAAAAUUUGGCGUAUCUGUCAGUUGCCCAUAAUGAAGGAAAGGGGAAAGCUAAAGACUCUUUGGUCGAUCUUCCCGUGCAAGCAGCCAAUGCGAAAGGAAUGCCUGGAUCAUUAAGUACUUAUUCGGUGGCAUUACCCAAAGCACUCGGUAAAGGCGAUAGUUUGACUCUGGAGGUAGUUGCUGUUUUUACUAAUGCACUGCAGCCAUUCCCGGAGAAGAUCACUCAGGCGGAUAUCCAGCUCGUUAUGUUCCAAGAAAGUGCCUAUUAUCUCUCUCUCUAUGCUGUUAAGUACCAGUCUCUCUCUGUCAAACUGCCCGACGCCAGAAUCGAGUCUUACACGAAGCUGGAGAAUACAAAGCAACAUGGUUCAGAAAUCAAAUAUGGCCCAUACGAGAAUCUCCCGCCGUUCUCGUACUCCCCCAUCGUCGUUCAUUUUGAAAGCAAAGCACCCUUUGCUGUUGCUGAGAAGCUUGUGAGAGAAAUAGAGGUGUCCCACUGGGGGAAUGUGCAGGUCACAGAGCAUUACGAUGUUGUCCACAGAGGGGCUCAAUUGAAGGGCGAGUUCUCAAGGUUAGAUUUCCAAGCCAGACCAAAUCUCCGAGGAGCAUCUGCCUUUAGGCAAUUUGUUGCUAGAUUACCUCCAAGAGCCCAUUCCAUAUAUUACAGAGAUGAGAUUGGCAAUAUCUCUACAUCUAUGCUGUGGAGUGAUACGAAAAAGACAGAUCUGUUGAUUGAGCCCAGAUUUCCGUUGUUUGGCGGUUGGAGAACGACUUUCACCAUAGGAUAUGGUCUGCCGCUUAAUGACUUCUUGUUUGCAUCUAAGGGCAAGCGUUAUCUGGACAUCUCUUUUGGUUCCCCUAUGAUUGAGAUUGUCAUUGACAAACUCGCCGUGAAGGUGGUCUUGCCUGAGGGAUCGAAGGAUAUAUCUGUUUCUACUCCAUUUCCUGUCAAACAGUCUGAAGAGACUAAAUAUUCCCACUUAGAUACUGUUGGUAGACCAGUUGUUGUGCUCGAAAAGGACAAUGUUGUCCCAGAUCACAAUCAGCAUGUCCAGGUCUAUUAUCGGUUCAACAGUCUUGAUAUGCUUAGGGAGCCAUUGAUGUUGAUCUCCGGGUUUUUCGUUUUCUUCAUCACAUGCAUCAUAUACACACGGGCCGACUUCUCAAUCUCCAAGUCUUCCCCUGCGUAUCUGGCAAAGCUGCAAUGGGACGAGGUCCAAGCCACACUUCAGGAGGUACAAAGCAUCAUCAACAAAUGCUUAGCUACACACGACAAGCUCGAAGCUUCACUCCGGGAUCUCUCUAGGACCGGUGACAUUCAAGCCUGCAAAUCAUCUCGAAAAUCCGCUGAUAUUUUGCUGAAAGAUCUUUCGAAAGAGCUGAAACCGUUGCUGGCUUUCCUUCAGUCUUCCCCAUUAGCCUCUAAAAUAACUCCAAAGGUGGAGGAGCUUGUUACGAAGGAAAAGGAAUUGCAAGAGAGGGUGAUGGCGAAACACACGGCUGUAGUCGACGGGUACGAGAAGAAAUCCGGGGGGCGUGAUAUCGAGAAUCGGAUAUCUUCUCUGCAGCAAAAGAUCACAGCUUUGAGGCAAGAGGUUGAAGAUCUUUUAGAGUUCAUGGACGAGAUUUGACCUUGGAGUGAUGUUUUACGAGCUGUGUAUUACUUGAGGAGUUUGUUCUCAGCUUUUAGAUUUUUUUUUUUUUUAAAAUUUCGUGGAGGGUCUUCUGAGAUGGAUAUUUUUUGAUGGGUUUAAUAUUAUUUCACCCCAUAUAUUAAAGAAAAUGAAAGCUUAAACA